AUGACGACCUCCGACAGCGAGCCUGCCGAAGAAGAAGGUUCAACGAUGCUCUCUUCAAAGACACAAGAACAACCAAACAACAAGAAACAACAACAACGAGAAAUAACAACAAUUAGUAUGGAGAAUAAUAACAACAGUACUAUGGCGCAACAAAAUCAUGAUGAUUUUUACUUGAAUGAAAGCCUUCAUGAUCGGUCUCCAACAGCGGAAGACAAUGAUGAUGAUCGCUGUUCAUCGGUGGCCACUAUUGGAAGUGCCAACACCAAUCAUGAUGACGACAAUGAUGAUGAGCAAUGGCCGGAUACAAACGAGAAGGGGUCACAUUCACCCGUACAACAACAGGCGGAGGCUCCUUUGCAAAAUGGUAGCAAUGAAACAACAACUGAUUCCCAUUCUCAUCAAUCAAAGCCUACAGAGGCUAUUAAUGGGAAUGACAUAAACAUGGUAGAAACGCUUUCUUCGUGCAAGCCUGAUCCACAAGAUUUAAUUCGGAUGGAAUAUGGAUUUGAUACAAAAUAUAGAAGAAUUAGUGAUCUAUACAAGGAAUCAAUGUCAAAGUAUUCCGAACAUGCUCAACAAAUUAUAGAAAUACUUGAUGGAGAAAUCUCCGUUUUGAAAUUUAUUCAAGCUCAUUAUGCAGAAUUCUUUGAUGAAUUUAUUUACUCUGAUUUUAAAUAUAGUAACAGCCAUUGGUUUUUACAUACACACAUGGUUGCAAUGUUGAAUUUAUCAACAUCACUAAAGGAAAUUGACAACUCAGAUCUUCUUUUAAAGCUCGGCCAGCUCAUUACUACUUCAAUUGAAUUUUAUUUAGAAAUCAUGGUACGGCGGCCUUUCUCUCUACUUGAAGCAAUGACAUCUGAAGAUAGUCAAUCAGAUCAAAAAUCUGGCUCUACUUCAUCGUCUACUGAGAAGUUAGACGAUACUGCUCCUAAUACUACUGCCUCACAAGAUAAGGAAAUGGAAAACAUCAGACAACAAAAGCUUAAUCACAUUUCAAAAUGUGUUUCUUUUGGAGUGGAUGUUUGUAGAUCUCUUACAAACCAAAAACAUGAACUCUACUCAAGAAACCUUCUGUAUUCAAGAGAUGUCAAAUUGUUUAACCAUGAAAAUAGUAUAUUUACAGAGCAUUCACAAAAAUUUCCACAAAGCUCAUGGAACGAAGACUUUAAAAAUUGUAUUUUUUCCACACCACGAUCAAAAUCCGAAAUUUUAUCCAAACUUUGUUGUAAAUCCAUUAACGUUUUUGGGCAGAGCGGAGGAUACCUUUUAUUUAUUAAUUUAUUGAGAAAGUAUAAGGAUUUACCUAUGAGAAUAAUUGAAAAGAUAAUUGAUACCAUUGCUUUUCAAACUCCUUAUUUGGUACCAAAGUGUAGAGAGAGCAUUAUCACAGCGUUGAUAGACUCAUUAUUUGUAUUUUUUGAUUCAUUAUCCGACGAGAUUUUAAAAGUAGAAGAACGGUUUAAAGACCUUAUUUUAAAUUUUAGAAACAAAAUUCUUGCAUGCUACACCGACGAGAAAUGUAUAGAUAUUUUUGACAGGUUGAAAUUGCAAUAUUUCUACAGACUUUUGAAUUGCUCCUCUGUUGAAAGGAAAAUGCUGGGAAUGAAUGAAAUAAGAGCUCAUGUAGAAUCACUCAGAAAAACAGAGGCAGGAUCCAAAGCAAAUUCGCCACAACUGAAUGGAAAUGAUCAACAACAGCCUCAUUCCAGCCCACAACCUCAACCUAUUUCGUUUAAGAAAGAACUACAUGUAAAAACCUUUUUAUCUUGGGUUGAUGAAAAGAAGUUUCUGCACUAUUUAUUCGAGACGGACAUUCACAGAGAAUUACUACGACAAGCAACUGUAAUUUUACAAUUUCUUGCUCAGUAUAAGGGUUUCACAAAAGAAGAGCUAGAUUUAAUAUGGCAAGCUUCUGUCGAUAAGCAUGAAGCUACUCAGAGAUUGAUAUUGUCUAUCAUAUCACUUCUAAUUCCAAGUUUGUCCUAUAAUGAUAUUUUACAUCUAUAUUCCAAAGUCGAACUCAUUUCUAUCGAGUCCAUCAACAAGAAAGACCAUUUCAUUGAGUUUUUAUCGCAAUUCACCAUAUAUGCAGUUAGCUCUUCAUAUGGAAGAGGCUCAAAAGACAAAAAGAAAAAUUGGUUUGCCUUAGACAUGUUAUGGAAACUUGCGAUAGGAGGAAAUAGAAAAGCUUUUGAGUGUCUAUCCGAUGUUUUCAAACAAGAUGCAUUCGAGGCAAUUCGUAAAGACUAUCUCAAAAGCUGUAUUGAGAUGUUAAAAACUCGAAACAACUCUAGUGGAGCAGUAUCUUUGAUGAAAACUUUGUUGGCUACGUAUUCUCUUCAAAAGAAAAAGAAAAAGCUAUCCACAUGGGGUAUCAUUUCUUCUAUUAAUGAAAAAACUCAUUUGAUGGAUCACUUUUUUUCAAACUAUGAAAAUCAAUUUCCUACAGACAUGGAAAACAAUGAACAGAAUGAUCAGGAGCUACGCGAUCAAUUAGAUUUUCUUGAAUUUGUGGUUAAAAACUCUCCGAUCAAACUAUCCUUUAAGCAAUGUAUUGUUCUUUGGUCACAUGGUCGAAGGGAAAUUGUUGUUCGCUGGUUAACAAAGAUGAGAGACAACUUUGUGGAAGAAUUUCAAGCCUUUGAUGAUGAAACGACAAUGCUUGUAUUUGAAGAACUCAUUUGCUCUCCAAGCAAAGAUACUUUCGUUCUUUACAGUAACAUGACCGAGACGGAAUUGGACUGCUUUUUAACGUUUUUUAUAUCGGUUAACAUAAUUCUUAAAAAGAUUGAAGUAGUUUAUGACAACCAAUCACAUGUAGAUAGUACUACUACCAUUCUCGAUCAGCAAUCAUCAAACGGAGGUAAAAAGUUGAUUUCUAAAAUUGUGGCUAAAGGUAAAGAAUUUUUAGAUCCCACCAUGCCCUAUCCUGAGACUGAACAAGAGACACCAGUGGUUAGAAAAUUGAAAAAGUUCGAAGUGAUUGCUGAAGAUUUGUAUGGAUUGAAUCACUUAUGGAAUAUUGUACUUUCUGCCAAAGACACCAAUGUACUGAGAAAAGCAAUUGAAAAUUUAAACAAUUUCAGAACAGACUAUUCGAAAGAUUUAAAAUCAAAUACUUCAUUGUUUAUGGAAAAACAUGUAUCUACUUGCAUGGAGCUGUUACAACUAUACAGCAAACUUGAUCAGAGAAAUGAUUCUUAUAUUGGAAAUAUUAUCACAGUACUUUUAGAUUUUAUUGUGCUUGUGAAUCAAAAAAGUGGUGGAGGAGGAAUUGGUAAAGGACAUGGUAUUAGUUUUUUGGGAUAUCCUAUCACGUUGAACAUUAAUUGCUUCUCAAAUUCAAGGUUUGUGAAAAUGGUUCCAUCCAAAAUGAAAGUGGGAACUCUACUUAGCAUAAUUGCUUCAGAGCUUGGGGACGAGAAUGCAUCUCAGCUCUUAAGAAUUGAAACAGAAAAUGGAGAUGACAUUACUCCUUUUAAAACAAAAAGUUUAGAAGAGCUUGGUAUCGAUUCUAGGGUUGAUUUGUAUGUGAAACCUUUGACAAUCAAAGAUGCCUCUAUUGCUAUCAUGAACACAACAAUGCAAAUGUUAGGAGUGCCAGAAUUAGGGGCUUUGUUUGUGUCUAGAAAUAGAUCAAUACCACAAAAGAAGAUACAACAGAAAAACUCUGAGAAUGGGUUUCCACUAACUUCCAUAAGCAACCAUGAUGUCGACACUGAUGAUGAUUAUGUUAUUUUAGAUUUAGAGGAUGGUCUCUACCCAGCAAACGUACUUUCCAGAGAGAAUAAUUUUUACUUGUUGUUUUCUCUUCUUGAUACAUCUCAUGAGGAAGUUGCCAAGAAAGCUUGGAUGCUACUAAUGCAUUUACCAACGAAUCAGAUCAUGUCAAAGAACAUUCUGAACAUAGAAACCAGUUCAAAGGUUGAUUGGGAAUCUGUACUUCCUGUUAAUAACUCUCACAAGCUACUUUAUUCGUUGCAAAUAUUAGAUACAAAGUUUCAGAAAAAGCUCACCCAAGAGUCAACCUUUUAUCAUAGCUUUAUCAAGUUAGGAGGAGUUUCACAUUUAAUUAAUGGACUACUUGCUUCCAAUGCAGAAAACAAAAGUCCACUCCACAAGCAGUGCAUGGCAUUGCUGCUCAAGCUUUUAAACAAAUUUAUUCCAAAUUAUGAGGAGCGGUUAACAGAUAUUUUAGAAUAUUUAUUGAGGACGAUUGGAAUGGUUUUGAUUGAUGAAAAAAAAGAAGAAAACAAUUCUCUUCCAUCAUUGUCCUAUCGCCAAACACCAGAAAUCUUUCAAUUCAACCCUAGUUUCACGAUGACGAAAGAGUAUGCUAAUUGCAUGCUGUACGAUUAUGGUUUGACAUCAAUUCAAAGAAUUGUGACAGCCAAAAAUGAUUUAAUGGCAUGGUUUUUGAACCAUGAAGAGUUGAAGCAUAUUACAAUACGAAGUUUAUUGUAUACAGCCGACGUAAACAUCAGAAAGAAGUUUUUAAGCACCAUUAUUGAAAUAGCCUCUAAGAAUGAGGAAGCAUGCAAGUACUUUAUUGUCAUGCUUUAUCGAAUGUUGAAAGAAGAAGACAUUGAAAAGUAUCAAGAUAGAUGCGAACAAUACUUUAUACUCCUUGAAAACUUAAUUGGUAGUAGACAUAGCAAUUUUACAGAGAUCAAAGAUGGCGAUAUUUAUGAGCUUGUUGAAAAAAUCAUUAACAGAAAUGUCGUUGAAGAGUCUCACUCAUCCCAACCAGAUUACAUUUUAAUUGGUCUCUUUAACAUUACAAGAGCUCUGUUAAAACUUUAUCCUUACAUCAAACAAACAAGUGCCUUGUAUGAGAUAGGAAAGAGAAUAUUUUACAAUUGUUUAUUUGAGGUACCAAAAUCACGUACAAGUAUCCAGAUUCCAAAAUGCAAGACAAGAGAAAGUAGAGAUGCUGCUUUUCAGUUUUUAUCAGAGUUAGCGGAUAAUUCUCCAACGUUUUUCUCAGAAAUGCUCUCCCUAUUAGAAAAGUACAUGUACGAGUGUGAACAACCAACAUUCUGGAACAUUGUGCCGAGACACUUGGAAAGAAAAAAACCUUUUGUUGGACUUAAAAACCAAGGUGCCACAUGCUAUAUGAAUUCAUUGAUUCAACAAUUCUUUAUGACGGUUCCUUUCAGAAAAGAAUUGCUACGAGUUAAUACUGACACCACAUCGAUAGUAGAAGAAAAGAUGCAAGACAAUGUCAACCUUCUCAAAGAGCUUCAAACCAUCUUUGCAUUUCUUCAAGAGAGCUCAAAAAAGUUUUACGAUACAAGACCAUUUUGUUCACUCUACAAGGUAGAUGGAAGACCAGUGGAUUGCUCUACUCAGCAUGAUGCUAAUGAGUUUUUCAAUCUUUUUACUGAUAGAAUUGAAGAAGCAUUGAAGUUUUAUGGUAAAGGACACUUACUAAAAGAUGUCUUUGGAGGUACUCUUUUGCAUCAAAUUAUUUAUGAUGAUAACGUUUCUGAGAGACCAGAAAAUUUCAAUAUUAUCAGUUUAGAGGUUAAAAAUAAGAGAAAUAUUAUGGAAUCUCUUGAUUUAUAUGUGCAAGGUGAAAUGUUGGAAGGAAAUAAUCAAUACUAUAGUGACAAGCUUGAAAAGCAUGUGGAUGCAUUGAAAAGAACUUUGAUUAAGGAUCUUCCAAAUGUUCUAAUUCUUCACUUGAAAAGAUUUGAUUUCGAUUUUAGUUUAAUGGUCAACAGAAAAAUUAAUGAUCGUGUAGAAUUUCCUCAUACCUUGAAUAUGGAGGCCUACACUGUUGAGGGAAUGGAAAGAAAAGAACAAAGAGGUAUAUAUGACAUUCCUCCAGCACAUCGACCUGAUGAAUACUAUCAAUACAAACUCGUGGGAGUCUUGGUACAUUCAGGAAGUGCAGAUUCUGGUCACUAUUAUUCAUUCAUUAUGAAUAGAGGAUCUGGAACUGAAGACAAAACAUGGUAUGAGUUUAAUGAUGAAGAAAUUAAUGUUUUUGAUACUGAGAAUUUGGACAGCGAGUGUUUUGGAGGUGUUGUGGAAAAUAACAUUAAUGGAAGAAAGACUUCCAUGUUCAGGUGCAACAAUGCAUACAUGCUCUUUUAUCAGCGUGUGCAUUUAUUGCAUGCAGAUUCUUUCAAUACCAGCUCUGAAACUUGUAAUCAACAGAGUGAUGCAGUUAUAGACAUGCCUAACUCCAUCAAAGAGAAAGUAUGGAAAGAGAAUGAAAAGUUUUAUCACUACAAGAACAUUUUCGAUGACUCGUUUGAUGCAUUUUUAUUUAGCUCCAUAAGCAUUUUACAAACAAAUGAUCAUGAACUAUUGACGAAGAACAUUUCACUGUCAUUAACCUAUGUACUCGAAUUUUACAUUCGUUCCUCCAAUCCUAAAAUAAUGAAAUGGAUCAUGUACCUGAAGGACACAUUCGAAAAGAACGUCACUCUGUGCAAAAUAUUUUUGACUAGCUUAUCAACCAACAAACAGAAUUGGCUGAUUCCAGCAAUAGUGUCAUGUCCUUCCCAAGAAAUCAAAGACUUAUUAAUUGAUUUAUUCAUCUCGUGCAUCAAGGCAUUGUAUCCUCAUGAAAAUCUGAUGGAAUAUUUGGAAAAUCCAAACCCAACUAAUGUGACAAUUAACAAGCAAUGUUGUAUUGGUAUAUUUAUUGACACUAUGAUCAGUAUGAUGGGCAUGUACACGACGUGGCGUUCUGCCACACAUUAUUUCCGAUUUCUUUACGAACUUUCCUCAUUUGCACCCUACAAUAUGAGAUUGUUUUUAAUCAAGAGACAAUUGAUAUCUAAAAUGAUACUCUAUAUGACAGGUCUGAAUCCAGAAGGACAAUAUGAACAAGUUUCAUUUUCCUCCCUGAAACAACCUCUCAUUACCAUGUCAAGUCAACUAUCACUUUCAUACAUGAUCGUUUCCAUCGCAUUCCUUGUGAAAACUUGUGAUGAUUCAAAAAUUGAAAACAAACCAACCAGUUUGAAUUAUGAUUUAUCAUCACCAAUCUCUGAGACGAAUCAAAGACAUGUCUUUACCUUACCAAAAACAGAUUUUGAUAAGCUAUUUAACAAGUCCUUUUUAACAUCAUUAAUGUCACUCAAUCUACGAUUAGAUGACAUUGCUGGUAUUUUUGCUCAUUAUUGUUGGGAAGAUGCAGAUUUUACAAGAUCUCUUGUCAAUCAUUUACUACAGUGCACUUUCCAAAAUGCUGUUAACGAAGCCUCUGAUCCUUUUAUUUCCAUUCUGGAAACCAUGUUGUUAAUUAACGAUUCAUUGCAAUCUCAACGAGUUAAAUUGAUUUUGGAUGCUUAUUUCACAAAAAUGGAACAAAUUACGGAUUCAAGAGUUUUAUUAUAUUGCUUAAAACAUUUAACACGAACUGAUAGAAAGAAUGAUUAUUGCACAGAAUGGUGGGAUAACCAUAUGGAUGCAAUUCUCAAAAUUACAUCAAAACAUGGUUGGACUUUAAAUAGGAAACGAUAA